AAGAAAACAACCAAUUUGUAGAUAAAUUGGAACGACUAGGUGAUCGGAAAGUUCUUUCAAUCCCAGACGAAGCGUACUUUCUCGAAUUUCAAAGAAAAGAAAUAUCUGCAAUAAAUUUUGGAUUGGUUGAUGGAAGAGAAGCUAUAGUUGUUACUUUAGGUCUACCAAAAGGAUCAUUAUUACGUUUUUAUUUGCCAUCUGUAUAUGAAGGCUUUCCGGUAAUUAUUGAUUAUGGGUUUGUCAUACCAUUUUAG